UUGAUUGUUACUUCAUUUGGAGCUUUGUUGUGUUUUCUUGUUUCGCACAUUUCGAGAGGGAUGGAGAAAAAGAUUACGUGGAUUGUUUUUCAAUACUGCUUGCAAUUGAAUUGAAUUAGAACACUUUCGUCCUUGAUAUUGAAAAAAUUGUAUCAUCUUUUGUUCGAUUUAUAUGGCGUAUUCAGAAACUUGGCAAACAUUUGAACGAAGUUUUCAUAUCGCAAACUACGCGUUUACUGAUAAAGCCGUGUAUUGAGAAGUGAGUGAUUAAUAGACUACGCUAUUUGUCAAUUUGUAGAAUGUCCUCCCCGAUCAGUUCCGCUUCCGAGUACAACAGUGCUCUGGACGAAAGUGUUGAUACGUCUCUUACGCCGCGGAAACUGAAUGUUUCUCUGACAGAAUCGGACAUCGAAAAUGUUAAUCUUUCACAAGAAUGGAAUGAUUUGUUAAAACCGAACCAGAAAACGAAAGCUGACCCGCGCGAUUCCAGUCGGCUACUUUUGGACAGUCUCAAAAACAACAAUGUUGGCACGAUUAAUACCCCUCCAAACAAGAGCUCAUCUGUGUCAUUGGACGAUACCCUGAAUAACAUCACAACCGCCAGUACGGUUAGUCCGGAUGUCAGUGCUCUCAGCAGUGGCGACGGUAGCUCCACUCUGUCAUUUAUGUCUAGCUCAGAAGAAGCAUCGCUUUUGACCAACGGAGACGAUCUUUUAGAUCCAAACCAUGCAGCCCUAAAUGUUUCACAGGUUUCCGGUGCUAACGGCAGUCCAUCCACAAAGGAUUCCCGCGAUACAACGCACAACGUUUCUCUGCUGCCCGUGGAUGACGAUCAGCUGACGGUGACAACGACUGAGUUCAUUGGCCCUGACCAAAAGACACCAAUCAAAAUCUACCGCUCACUGGAGGAAUUCGAUCAAAAUCUUCCAGACACCGUCACCUUACUGACCACGCCGGAGGGCAGUAAAGUGUACCUUGUAGGUACCGCACACUUCAGUGAGAAUUCUCAGAACGACGUCUCGUUGGUGAUGCGAAACGUGCAACCGAACGUGGUCAUGCUUGAGUUGUGUCCUUCUCGAAUACACAUCCUCAAGUAUGACGAACAGACGCUACUGGAAGAGGCCAAAGAUAUCAAUCUGGCAAAAAUACAAAGCAUCGUUAAGCGGAAUGGUGCAAUCAACGGUCUGUUCUACAUUCUUCUGCUUAACAUGAGUGCAAAGAUAACCCAAAAGCUCGGUAUGGCUCCAGGCGGUGAGUUUCGCCGAGCCGUGGCCGAAGCUUCACGCAUUCCAAACUGUCUCAUCCAGCUGGGAGACAGACAGUUCAAUGUUACACUACAGCGCGCAUUGCGUGGUUUGUCGCUUUGGCAAACGAUUAAACUUAUUCCGAAGCUACUGAUUAUGGACGACAUCAGCAGUGAAGACGUGGAGCAGUGCAAGCGUAAAGACCUGCUGGAGGAAAUCAUGCUAGAGAUGGCAGGAGAAUUUCCCGCCUUCGGACGGGUAUUUGUAGAGGAGCGUGAUCUGUUCCUCUGCUAUUCGCUUCAGGUGGCUGCAAUGCCACAGCAGACAGCCAACGGAGGCACCCAACCCGUCAACGUUGUCGGCGUCGUUGGAAUUGGUCAUGCAGCAGGCAUUGCCAGACACUGGGGCAAAGUUGAGCACACAUCGAUCGCAUCGAUUCUGACCAUUCCGCCAGCCAGCUUCAGUCAUCGGGCAGCCAAACUGGUGCUUAAGUAUGGCACACUGGGAUUGUGCGCUUACGGGAUGUUCCGGUUCAUGCGGCCAAGGCUCAGCCGGUGGUUAUGAUCAAUGGUUUACUUUCUUGUGCUUGAAAGUUAUUGAGGAAUUGCUUUUUGUCUAUUUUUUUAAAGAACUGAUGCCACUUCAUGUGUAUUUGUACCACUUUUUUCAAUAUCAAAAUUGUACGUUUAUCAGGUACAUCUAGGAUAUUACGCGCUUGAUCCGAUUGCGAGGUUUAAAAUCAAAAUAUAGACUAAUGAAACCAAUCAAAUCAACCAAUGUUGGCAGAAAAUCAAAUAGCAGCAGGGUUAAUAAAUUCGUUCCAGUAUAUU